UGUCCCCUUGCUGACGGCAUGAACUUCUACUGAGAUCAGCGCAGACACCAGUCUGCCCCAAUUCAGCUCAAUCCUGUCUAUCCCGGCGGCCACCAUGUCCUUUGUGCCCACCCCGAGCCCCACGGUGGUGGAUCAGACCACCCUCAUGAAGAAGUAUUUGCAGUUUGUGGCUGCGCUCACUGAUAACAACACACCGGAUGAGACCAAACUGAAAAUGAUGCAGGAAGUCAGUGAGAAUUUUGAGAAUGUAACAUCCUCGCCACAGUAUUCGACUUUCUUGGAGCACAUCAUCCCUCGUUUCCUAACAUUUCUUCAGGAUGGAGAAGUCCAGUUCCUUCAGGAGAAACCAACGCAGCAAUUAAGGAAACUUGUUCUGGAGAUCAUCCAUCGAAUACCAACUAAUGAACACCUGCGGUCUCACGCCAAAAAUAUCCUCUCCGUCAUGUUCCGCUUCCUUGAGAUCGAAAGCGAAGAGAAUGUGCUCAUUUGUUUGCGCAUUAUCAUUGAACUGCAUAAACAGUUCCGUCCUCCGAUCUCUCAAGAGAUUCAUCACUUCUUGGACUUUGUGAAGCAGAUUUACAAAGAGCUACCUAAAGUAGUGACAAGAUACUUUGAGAAUCCUCAAGUUAUAGCAGAGAACACAGUGCCGUCCCCAGAGAUGGUGGGUAUGAUCACCUCAGUUUUGGUGAAGACUGCGCCAGAGCGUGAGGACAGCGAGACCAGGACGCAUACCAUAAUCCCCAGAGGAUCGCUGUCACUCAAAGUGUUGGCAGAGCUGCCAAUCAUCGUUGUGCUCAUGUAUCAGCUGUACAAACUGAACAUUCACAACGUGGUGUCAGAGUUUGUGCCCCUUAUCAUGAACACCAUCAUGCUGCAGGUGUCUGCACAGGCUCGGCAACACAAGCUCUUCAACAAGGAACUUUAUGCAGAUUUCAUCGCCGCUCAGAUUAAGACCUUGUCGUUCCUCGCCUACAUUAUCCGCAUCUACCAGGACUUGGUCGGGAAGUAUUCUCAGCAGAUGGUGAAAGGGAUGUUGCAGCUUCUGACGAACUGCCCCCCUGAGACGGCUCACCUGCGCAAAGAGCUCCUGAUCGCUGCCAAGCACAUCCUAACCACAGAUCUACGCAGCCAAUUCAUUCCAUGCAUGGACAAGCUUUUUGAUGAGUCGAUACUCAUUGGAUCUGGAUACACUGCGAGAGAGACGCUAAGGCCCCUGGCAUACAGCACACUAGCAGACCUGGUCCACCACGUAAGACAGAACCUGCCGUUGACGGACCUAUCCUUUGCUGUGCAACUGUUUGCAAAGAACAUCGACGACGAGUCACUCCCCAGCAGUAUUCAAACCAUGUCCUGUAAGCUGCUGUUAAAUCUUGUGGACUGCAUCCGAUCCAAGAGCGAACAGGAAAACGGCAAUGGCAGAGAUAUUCUCAUGAGAAUGCUGGAGGUCUUCGUGUUAAAAUUCCACACCAUUGCACGCUAUCAGCUGGUGUCCAUCUUCAAGAAGUGUAAGCCCCAAUCAGAGAUGGGUGUGGCUGACCCAGGGGCAUUACCAGGAGUUCCAGCCACUCCCACUGUAGCUACGCCUGCAUUGCCUCCACCUGCACCCCCGACACCUGUGACCCCAGCUCCUCCUCCAUCCACGGCCUUCGAUAGACCUGGGGAUAAAGAUGACAAACAAACUUUUCAGGUGUCAGAUUGUCGCAGUCUGGUUAAGACCCUAGUAUGUGGAGUGAAAACCAUCACCUGGGGCAUCACUUCUUGCAAAGCUCCUGGAGAAGCUCAAUUCAUUCCCAACAAGCAACUCCAGCCUAAAGAGACCCAGAUCUACAUCAAACUAGUCAAAUAUGCCAUGCAGGCCUUGGACAUCUACCAGGUACAGAUUGCCGGCAAUGGGCAGACGUACAUCCGUGUUGCCAACUGUCAGACGGUACGGAUGAAGGAGGAGAAGGAGGUUUUGGAGCACUUCGCUGGGGUCUUCACCAUGAUGAACCCUCUCACCUUUAAGGAGAUUUUUCAGACCACCGUCCCAUACAUGGUGGAGCGGAUAUCUAAAAACUAUGCCCUACAGAUUGUAGCAAAUUCCUUCCUGGCUAAUCUGACCACCUCUGCACUUUUUGCCACCAUUUUGGUUGAGUAUCUUCUGGAGCGACUGCCUGAGAUGGGCUCCAACGUAGAGCUAUCAAACCUCUAUCUCAAACUCUUCAAACUUGUCUUCGGUUCGGUUUCUCUCUUCGCUGCGGAAAACGAGCAAAUGCUCAAGCCUCACCUUCAUAAAAUAGUGAACAGUUCCAUGGAGCUGGCUCAGUCAGCCAAGGAGCCCUACAACUACUUCCUGUUGCUGAGGGCACUGUUCCGCUCUAUAGGCGGGGGUAGCCAUGACCUCUUGUACCAGGAGUUCCUGCCUCUCCUGCCUAAUUUGCUGCAAGGUUUGAACAUGCUGCAGAGUGGCCUUCACAAGCAGCACAUGAAGGAUCUGUUUGUAGAACUGUGUCUCACAGUUCCUGUGAGGCUGAGCUCUCUUCUGCCUUACCUGCCCAUGCUCAUGGAUCCACUGGUGUCCGCACUCAACGGUUCUCAGACUCUGGUCAGCCAAGGGCUGCGCACGCUGGAGCUCUGCGUGGACAACCUGCAGCCUGACUUCCUCUAUGACCACAUCCAGCCAGUUCGAGCAGAGCUGAUGCAGGCAUUGUGGCGAACGCUUCGUAACCCAGCCGAGACUAUUUCCCACGUGGCUUACAGAGUGCUGGGCAAGUUUGGAGGGAGUAACAGGAAAAUGCUGAAGGAGUCGCAGAAGCUGCAGUACGUUGUGACUGAGGUUCAAGGCCCAAGCAUCAAGGCAGAGUUCACUGACUGCAAAGCUUCCAUUCAGCUGCCCAUGGAAAAGGCCAUUGAGACCGCACUCGAUUGCCUGAAGAGUGCCAAUACUGAGCCGUAUUAUAGACGCCAGGCCUGGGAGGUGAUCAAAUGCUUCCUGGUGGCUAUGACCAGCCUGGAGGACAACAAGCAUGCCCUUUACCAGCUCCUUGCACAUCCCAACUUUACUGAGAAGUGGAUCCCCAAUGUGAUCAUCUCUCACCGGUACAAAGCCCAGGACACCCCGGCACGGAGGACGUUCGAGCAGGCUCUGACAGGGGCCUUCAUGUCGGCUGUCAUCAAGGAUCUCAGGCCCAGCGCUCUUCCUUUUGUAGCCAGCCUGAUCCGGCAUUACACCAUGGUGGCUGUGGCGCAGCAGUGCGGUCCCUUCCUGUUGCCGUGCUACCAGUCGGGCAGUCAGCCCAGCACGCCGAUGUUCCACAGUGAAGAGAACGGCUCUAAAGGGAUGGACCCGCUCGUGUUGAUAGACGCCAUUGCUAUUUGCAUGGCCUAUGAGGAGAAGGAGCUGUGCAAGAUUGGUGAAGUGGCGCUGGCUGUCAUCUUUGAUGUUGCUAGCAUUAUCUUGGGCUCUAAAGAAAGGGCAUGCCAGCUGCCGCUGUUCUCCUACAUAGUGGAGCGACUCUGCGCCUGCUGUUAUGAACAGGCCUGGUAUGCUAAGCUGGGUGGUGUGGUGUCCAUUAAGUUCUUGAUGGAGAGGCUUCCUCUCAUCUGGGUGCUGCAGAACCAGCUCACCUUCCUCAAAGCUCUGCUCUUCGUCAUGAUGGACCUCACGGGAGAGGUAUCUAAUGGUGCCGUUGCCAUGGCCAAGACGACGCUGGAGCAGCUGUUGAUACGCUGUGCUACUCCUCUCAAGGAUGAGGAGAAGACAGAGGAGCUCCUGGCUGCCCAGGAUAAAUCAUUCCACUUGGUGACCCAUGAUCUUGUUCGAGAGGUUACCUCCCCCAAUUCAACAGUCCGUAAGCAGGCCAUGCAUUCCCUGCAGGUGCUGGCUCAGGUCACAGGCAAGACUGUCACCAUCAUCAUGGAGCCCCACAAAGAAGUGCUACAGGAUAUGGUUCCUCCAAAGAAACACUUGCUUCGUCACCAGCCCGCCAAUGCUCAGAUUGGCCUGAUGGAGGGCAACACAUUCUGCACCACCCUGCAGCCUCGUCUCUUUACAAUGGACCUCAAUGUGGGGGAGCACAAAGUGUUUUACACAGAGUUGCUGAACUUGUGUGAAGCGGAGGAUGCCGCCCUGAUGAAGCUGCCGUGUUAUAAAAGCUUGCCGUCAUUGGUGCCGCUCCGCAUCGCCGCCCUCAAUGCCCUGGCGGCGUGUAACUACCUCCCUCAGUCGCGAGAGAAGAUCAUCGCCGCCCUCUUCAAGGCCCUCAACUCCACUAACAGUGAGCUUCAGGAAGCUGGAGAGGCCUGCAUGAGAAAGUUUUUAGAGGGAGCCACUAUCGAGGUGGAUCAGAUCCAUACACAUAUGCGUCCCCUGCUGAUGAUGCUCGGAGACUAUCGCAGCUUGACGCUCAACGUGGUCAACAGACUGACAUCUGUCACUCGACUCUUCCCAAACUCUUUCAAUGACAAAUUCUGUGACCAGAUGAUGCAACAUCUACGCAAAUGGAUGGAGGUGGUGGUGAUCACACAUAAAGGAGGCCAGCGCAGUGACGGCAGCCCUGCCAUGGAAGGUGUAGAGGAAAUGAGAAUCUGUUCGGCCAUUAUAAAUCUCUUCCACCUGAUACCGGCUGCUCCACAGACGCUGGUCAAACCUCUGCUGGAAGUGGUGAUGAAGACUGAGAGGGCAAUGCUUAUUGAGGCGGGCAGUCCCUUUAGAGAACCACUGAUUAAGUUCCUGACGCGCCAUCCAUCACAAACAGUGGAGCUCUUCAUGAUGGAGGCCACGCUCAAUGACCCACAGUGGAGCCGCAUGUUUAUGAGUUUCUUGAAGCACAAAGACGCCAAGCCACUUAGAGAAGUGUUGGCUUCUAAUCCGAAUCGUUUUGUCCCUCUUUUGGUUCCGGCUGGUCCAGCAGCGACUGUGAGGCCCGGGUCACCCUCCACCAGCACGGCCCGUCUUGACCUGCAGUUUCAAGCCAUCAAGAUUAUUAGCAUCAUAGUGAAAAAUGAUGAAGGCUGGUUGGCUGGGCAGCACUCUCUGGUCAGUCAGCUCAGGCGCGUGUGGGUCAGCGAAGCCUUCCAGGAACGCCACCGCAAAGACAACAUGGCUGCGACUAACUGGAAGGAGCCUAAACUACUGGCCUUCUGUCUGCUAAGCUACUGCAAGCGCAAUUACUCUGAGAUCGAGCUGCUCUUCCAGCUGCUAAGAGCCUUCACCGGCCGCUUCCUGUGCAACAUGACCUUCCUGAAGGAGUACAUGGAGGAGGAGAUCCCUAAAAACUACAGCAUCACUCACAAACGGGCGCUCUUCUUCCGCUUUGUGGAGUUCAACGACCCGCACUUCAACGAUGAGCUCAAGGCAAAGGUGUUGCAGCACAUCCUGAACCCAGCCUUCCUGUACAGCUUUGAGAAAGGAGAAGGCGAGCAGCUGCUGGGGCCGCCCAAUCCAGAGGGUGACAACCCUGAGAGCAUCACUAGUGUCUUUAUCACCAAGGUGCUGGACCCUGAGAAACAGGCGGACCUUGCAGACUCUUUGAGGAUUUACCUACUUCAGUUCUCCACUCUGCUGGUAGAACACGCCCCUCAUCACAUCCACGACAACAACAAGAGCAGGAACAGCAAGCUGAGACGUCUCAUGACCUUCGCUUGGCCAUGUCUACUCCCCAAAACCUGCGUGGACCCCGCUUGCAAGUAUAGCGGCCACCUACUUCUGGCUCACAUCAUCGCCAAGUUUGCCAUUCACAAGAAGAUUGUGUUACAGGUUUUCCACAGUCUUCUGAAGGCUCACACCAUGGAGGCCCGUGCCAUCGUCCGACAGGCCAUGGCUAUUCUGACGCCCGCUGUACCCGCUCGGAUGGAGGACGGCCAUCAGAUGCUCACGCACUGGACCCGGAAGAUCAUUGUGGAAGAAGGUCACACGGUUCCUCAGCUGGUCCAUAUACUGCACCUCAUAGUACAGCACUUCAGAGUAUAUUACCCUGUUAGACAUCACCUGGUUCAGCACAUGAUCAGUGCUAUGCAGCGAUUGGGCUUCACACCCAGUGUGACUAUCGAGCAGAGGAAGUUAGCCGUGGAUCUGGCUGAGGUCAUCAUCAAAUGGGAGCUCCAGAGAAUCAAAGACCAGCAGCCGGAAGCCGACACAGAUCCGGUUAAUGUCGGCGAGGGCACGAGCGGAUCUACCGCUGUAAAGAGAGUAAUGUCUGUGGACUCGGCGCAGGAUGUGAAGAGAUUCCGCACGGCCGCUGGAGCUGUUGGCACGGUCUUCGGCCGCAGUCAGUCUAUGCCGGGCACUGAGGCUCUCCUUACCAAACCUGUGGAGAAACAGCACACAGAUACCGUGGUCAACUUCCUCAUCCGCAUUGCAUGCCAGGUCAAUGAUAACACUAAUGUAGCCGGCGCCCCCGGUGAGCUGCUGUCCCGCAGAUGUGUGAACCUGAUGAAGACGGCACUCAGGCCGGACAUGUGGCCCCGUGCUGAACUCAAACUGCAGUGGUUUGACAAGCUCCUCAUGACUGUGGAGCAACCCGCCCAAGCAAACUUCUCCAACAUCUGCACAGGGCUGGAGAUUCUCAGCUUCCUUCUGUCAGUGCUUCAGCCUCCGGCUAUCCUCGCUCACUUCAAGCCCCUGCAGCGCGGCAUCGCGGCUUGCAUGACCUGCGGGAACACCAAAGUGUUGCGUGCCGUGCACACCCUCCUGUCCAGGCUUAUGAGCACCUUCCCUACAGAACCCAGCACAUCCUCGGUGGCUUCAAAAUACGAAGAGCUGGAGUGUUUGUACGCUGCCGUAGGGAAAGUCAUUUAUGAAGGCCUCACCAACUAUGAGAAAGCCAGCAGUGCUAACCCAACUCAACUGUUUGGAACGCUGAUGAUCCUGAAGUCGGCCUGCAGCAACAACUCCAGCUAUAUCGACCGUCUCAUUUCCGUCUUCAUGCGCUCGCUGCAAAAGAUGGUGAGGGAGCACUUGAGCCCGCAACCCAACCCCGGAGCCGCCGAAACCAGCACAGUAGUGACAAGCGAACUGGUGAUGCUCAGUCUGGAUCUGGUGAAGACAAGGUUAUCGGUCAUGAAUAUGGAAAUGAGGAAGAACUUCAUCCAGGUCAUCCUCACCUCCCUCAUUGAGAAAUCUUCAGAUCCAAAGAUUCUUCGAGCAGUGGUGAAGAUUGUGGAGGAGUGGGUUAAGAACUCUGGUAACCCCAUGGCCACUAACCAGGUGCCUAAUCCAAGAGAGAAGUCCAUUCUGCUGGUGAAAAUGAUGACCUACAUUGAGAAGCGCUUUCCUGAUGACCUUGAAUUGAAUGCCCAGUUCCUGGACCUCGUUAAUUACGUCUACAGAGAUGAGAAUCUCUCAGGAAGUGACAUCACAUCAAAGUUGGAGCCUGCAUUCCUCUCGGGGCUGCGCUGCAGCCAGCCGCUGAUCAGAGCGAAGUUUUUCGAGGUGUUCGACACUUCCAUGAAGCGACGCGUCUAUGAGAGGCUUCUUUAUAUUUGCUGCUCGCAGAAUUGGGAGGCCAUGGGCAGCCAUUUUUGGAUCAAACAGUGUAUUGAGCUGCUGCUGGCUGUUUGUGAGAGGAACACCACCAUUGGCACCAGCUGCCAGGGCUCCAUGCUUCCCUCCAUCACCAAUGUCAUCAACCUGGCUGACAGCCAUGACCGCGCAGCCUUCGCCAUGGCGACGCACAUCAAGCAGGAACCUCGUGAGAGAGAAAACAGCGAGACCAAGGAGGAGGAUGUGGAGAUUGACAUCGAGCUGGCACCUGGAGACCAGACCAGUCUGCCCAAGACCAAGGAGCAGGCGGAGAGAGACUCGGGCAACCAGCUGCACAUGCUCACCAACCGCCACGACAAGUUCCUGGACUCCCUGAGAGAGGUCAAGACGGGAGCGCUGCUGAACGCUCUGGUUCAGCUGUGUCACAUCUCCACCCCGCUGGCUGAGAAGACCUGGGUUCAGCUCUUCCCCCGCCUCUGGAAGAUUCUGUCAGACCGCCAGCAACACGCGCUGUCAGGCGAGAUGGGCCCGUUCCUGUGUAGCGGUAGUCAUCAAGCUCAAAGGGACUGUCAGCCCAGCGCCCUGAACUGCUUCGUGGAGGCCAUGUCUCAGUGCGUGCCGCCCAUUCCCAUCAGGCCCUGCGUGCUGAAGUACCUUGGCAAGACGCAUAAUCUAUGGCUGCGCUCCACCCUGAUGCUGGAGCAGCAAGCCUUCGAAAAGGGCCUCAGUCUGCACAUCAAACCCAAACAGAGCACCGAGUUCUACGAGCAGGAGAGCAUCACACCUCCACAGCAGGAGAUCCUGGACUCGCUGGCCGAGCUCUACUCCCUGCUGCAGGAGGAGGACAUGUGGGCAGGGCUGUGGCAAAAGAGAUGCAAGUUUCCCGAGACGAGCACAGCUAUCGCUUACGAACAGCACGGCUUCUUUGAACAGGCUCAAGAGACCUACGAGAAGGCGAUGGAGAAGGCUCGCAAGGAGCACAACGCCUCGCCCGCCAUCUUCCCAGAGUACCAGCUGUGGGAAGAUCACUGGAUCCGUUGUUCUAAAGAGCUGAACCAGUGGGAACCUCUGACUGAGUACGGACAGUCUAAAGGACAUAAUAACCCAUAUCUGGUGCUGGAGUGCGCUUGGAGAGUGUCUAACUGGGCGGCAAUGAAAGAGGCUCUGGUGCAGGUGGAGCUGAGCUGUCCCAAGGAGAUGGCCUGGAAGGUAAACAUGCAUCGCGGCUAUCUAGCCAUCUGUCACCCUGAGGAACAACAACUCAACUUCAUCGAGCGGCUGGUGGAGAUGGCCAGCAGUCUGGCCAUAAGAGAGUGGAGAAGACUGCCACACAUCGUUUCUCACGUGCACACCCCGCUGCUCCAGGCGGCCCAGCAGAUCAUCGAGCUACAGGAAGCUGCGCAGAUUAAUUCAGGGCUCCAGCCCACCAACCUGGGGCGCAAUACAAGCCUUCACGACAUGAAGACCGUAGUGAAGACCUGGAGAAACAGACUACCCAUUGUCUCAGAUGAUCUCUCGCACUGGAGCAGCAUCUUCAUGUGGCGGCAGCACCAUUAUCAGGCCAUUGUGACUGCUUACGAGACCAACACGCAACAUGACCCAAACACUAAUAAUGCCAUGCUUGGCGUACAUGCCUCCGCGUCAGCCAUUAUUCAAUAUGGAAAGAUCGGCCGGAAACAAGGUCUGGUCAAUGUUGCCUUGGACAUUCUGAGUCGCAUCCACACCAUCCCCACUGUGCCUAUUGUAGACUGCUUCCAGAAGAUCCGCCAGCAGGUUAAAUGCUACCUGCAGUUGGCCGGUGUCAUGGGCAAGAAUGAAUGCAUGCAGGGUCUGGAGGUGAUCGAGUCCACUAACCUGAAGUACUUCACCAAGGAGAUGACCGCAGAGUUCUACGCACUCAAGGGCAUGUUCCUGGCCCAGAUCAAUAAGUCAGAGGAGGCAAAUAAGGCAUUCUCAGCUGCGGUGCAGAUGCAUGAUGUUCUGGUGAAGGCCUGGGCUAUGUGGGGCGAUUACUUGGAGAACAUCUUUGUCAAAGACCGCCAACCCCACCUCGGCGUAUCUGCCAUCACUUGUUACCUACACGCCUGCCGCCAUCAGAACGAGAGCAAGUCCCGCAAGUACUUGGCAAAGGUGCUGUGGCUGUUGAGCUUUGACGAUAAGAAUACUCUGGCAGAUGCUGUGGACAAAUACUGCAUUGGAGUGCCGCCCAUCCAGUGGCUGGCCUGGAUCCCUCAGCUCCUCACAUGUCUGGUGGGCUCGGAAGGGAAACCUCUCCUCAACCUCAUCAGCCAGGUUGGACGUGUGUACCCUCAAGCCGUGUACUUUCCCAUCCGAACCCUGUACCUGACGCUGAAAAUCGAGCAGAGGGAACGCUACAAGAGCGACUCGGGCCAGCAGCAGCCAAGUUCAGCGGCGGCCCAGACCCACUCUGCGUCCGACCCCGGUCCCAUCCGAGCCACGGCUCCCAUGUGGCGCUGCAGUCGGAUCAUGCACAUGCAGCGUGAGCUCCACCCCACCCUGCUCUCGUCUCUGGAGGGCAUCGUGGACCAGAUGGUGUGGUUCAGGGAGAACUGGCAUGAGGAGGUCUUGCGUCAGCUCCAGCAGGGCCUGGCCAAAUGCUACUCUGUGGCGUUUGAGAAGAGCGGAGCCGUAUCAGAUGCUAAGAUCACCCCUCACACGCUUAACUUUGUGAAGAAGCUGGUGAGCACGUUUGGGGUGGGGCUGGAGAACGUCUCCAAUGUGUCCACUAUGUUCUCCAGUGCGGCUUCUGAGUCACUGGCCCGUCGAGCUCAAGCGACCGCUCAGGACCCUGUGUUCCAGAAAAUGAAGGGCCAGUUCACCACAGAUUUCGACUUCAGCGUUCCCGGCUCCAUGAAGUUACACAACCUCAUCUCCAAGCUCAAGAAGUGGAUCAAGAUCCUUGAAGCCAAGACGAAGCAGCUUCCCAAGUUCUUUCUGAUAGAAGAGAAGUGCCGUUUCCUUAGCAACUUCUCAGCCCAAACCGCUGAAGUGGAGAUCCCGGGAGAGUUCCUCAUGCCUAAGCCCACACACUAUUACAUCAAGAUUGCCAGGUUCAUGCCCAGGGUGGAGAUUGUUCAAAAGCACAACACAGCUGCUCGUCGCCUCUACAUCCGCGGGCACAAUGGAAAGAUCUAUCCGUACCUGGUGAUGAAUGACGCGUGUCUCACCGAGUCCCGCAGAGAGGAGCGUGUGCUGCAGCUCUUGCGGCUGCUCAAUCCCUGUCUGGAGAAAAGAAAGGAGACCACCAAGAGACACCUUUUCUUUACAGUCCCGAGGGUGGUGGCCGUGUCUCCUCAGAUGCGGUUAGUUGAGGACAAUCCGUCAUCUCUGUCUCUGGUGGAAAUCUACAAGCAGCGGUGUGCUAAGAAGGGCAUCGAGCAUGACAACCCCAUCUCGCGCUAUUAUGACAGGCUAGCCACGGUUCAGGCUAGAGGAACUCAAGCCAGCCAUCAGGUUCUGCGUGACAUUCUGAAAGAGGUCCAGGGAAACAUGGUUCCUCGUAGCAUGCUGAAGGAGUGGGCUCUGCACACAUUCCCUAACGCCACCGACUACUGGACCUUCCGCAAAAUGUUCACCAUCCAGCUCGCUCUACUUGGCCUGGCCGAGUUCAUGCUGCACCUGAACCGUCUCAACCCAGAGAUGCUGCAGAUCGCACAGGACACAGGAAAGCUCAACGUCUCGUACUUCCGCUUCGAUAUUAAUGAUGCCACCGGUGAUCUGGAUGCCAACCGGCCCGUUCCUUUCAGGCUGACCCCAAACAUCUCUGAGUUCUUGACCACCAUCGGCGUGUCCGGACCCCUCACUGCUUCUAUGAUUGCAGUGGCGCGCUGCUUUGCUCAGCCUAACUUCAAGGUCGAUGGCAUUUUAAAGGCGGUCCUUCGAGACGAGGUCAUCGCUUGGCAUAAGAAGACUCAGGAAGACACGUCUAUGCCUCUGUCCCCAGCUGGACAGCCCGAGAACAUGGACAGCCAGCAGCUGGUGUCUCUGGUCCAGAAGGCCGUAACUGCCAUCAUGACCCGCCUCCACAACCUGGCGCAGUUUGAAGGCGGUGAAAGCAAAGUAAACACUCUAGUGGCGGCUGCCAACAGCCUGGACAACCUCUGCCGCAUGGACCCCGCCUGGCACCCGUGGUUGUAGACAGGCGUGUGACGAACAUCAGGGCAGUCUUUCAGAUAUAUGUGCAUCUUGGAGGAAAUACAAUACUGUGAAAGUGACUUCUUGAAUGUGACCGAGUUAAAUUGAGUAAACGUAUGCAGACGGAAGGGGCGUAAAUAAUGCGGCAACUGUCAGUUAACAAGCAAAGUGAUACUUAAGAUUAUCUUUGUUUUUCUAGAUUUUCCAGUAUAAGAUACACGCAGUAAUUACGGUUGGCUUUGUUCGGUUAGACAGAGACUGUUGUUAAACUGAUGAGCUUAGUGAAGUGCUUUUGUCUAGAUUGUUGUUGGCAAGAGACGCUAUAAGACGACAUUUCGGAAAAUACGGUUUCCACAGCCUUAUCCCAGACUCCACACCGGAACAAGCACGGCAACAAUGAUUUUAUGCAAUUCCCAUAAUGCUCUACUUUCACGCCUCCGCCGUUUCUUUCUGACUGACGGCAGCCUGAGGGAUCGUCUUUUAAAUUCAGAAUUAACACCCAGCAAUGUUCAGCGUGUUGUUAUGUGUCAGUAUGUCAUUAUUUAAAGUUAUACAUGGGGUGUUUCUUUUUUUUUACUUUUUGUACAUCAUGUAAAAAUAGCAUUGCAUCCAUUGCUGUAUACUUUUCUACAGGUUUGUGCUAUUUAAAGCUGUGAUGCGUUUACUUUGACAUCAUCAUACAUGCUGUCACAGACUACUCUUUUAUUUUUUUUCUGGAAGGCAGAGACCUUUGAGCCUUAAAACAGGGGUAGCCCUAUGUUUAGCCAAUUCUCAGUUAACCAGUGUCCAAAUUCCAGCUCUGAGAUUUUGGACUUUACGUUUGUAAAACUGUCCCAAAGCAUUUGUAUCUGACACGCCUAACAUUUUUGUAAACGUCCCUGUAUUUUGUAAAGGUACAAAACAUUGUGCCAACUGAAGAAUAGUUACCUCUGCAGUGUAAAUAUGCAUUUUGUUUUAAUAAAAUGCUCUUUUUCAAAAAAACCACCCUUUGCUCUAACUGUGCUGUCUGUGGACGUGUUACCCUGUCGUAUGAUGUGUUUUUGUGUGUCUGCGGGUGGUUGAUUGAAAAGGACACUUACUAAAAGAAUAACCUUGUCUGUGGCUGAUUGUCUGAAGGACAGGAGGACCUGAAGGACAGCAUGCUGGUCAGGUCAGAUCUUUCCCCGUCUCCGCUCCUUUAUUACACCCCGUCAGUAUAUAUCGCCAAGCGCCGUCUUCUCUUGAGUUACGCGUGCUGUCAGCUCUGGCUUCAAUCCCAUAAACCAUCGCAUCACCCUGUACGUUUCCACAGCCCGGACGCUUAUCCCUCUUCUUCUGAUCUCUCUCCAGCCUCUUUCUGACAUCAGUCAGGGACGCCGCACUCACACUUUUGUCCUCCUUUUGAGGUCUUUUGGUAUCAGACGGCCCUGGAGCUGAUGUACAACUGUGUUGUGAAAGAGUUGUGAUAUUUGUGUAACUCAGUGUGGUGGAGGUGUCGGGACCUCGCUGAGGUUUGAUGCCCGCUGCCUCCCA